GGCAGUUCUGAAGGCAAAUAAACUCAGCUUGAAGUAGACGAAUUGCAGUGUGUUUUGCAAGUUGACAAAAACCAGAAACCAGAUCAUAAUAGCGGAUCCAUAAAUAGCGAUGGGGUCUACAUUCCAUAGCCAAUACACUUUAGAAAACACCAGCCCAAGCAAAGAGGCUCGAAACAACAUGGUUAUGCACAACUCUAAAUAUGCUGCCCCUAGAAGAGUAGUGAACAAGCGGAAAAUUGGCAGUGACUACACGGAGGGUGGCAAUGGAGUCAAUGUAGGUGGUUUCGACAGCAUGAAAAACAAGUAUCAUAGAAUAAUGAAGAGGCAAAAAAAUCCAAACGAAAUUUUUGGGCAGAAGUUACCAUUGAAUAGAAUAAUCGAAACCCUGGAUCAGGAGAAACUUCAAAACCUUAUAAUCAAUUUGGUCACGGAGAACCCGGAACUGGCCUCAAAAGUUAUCGACGUCUCUCCAAAAAUCACACCAACCGAUGCAUUAAACGAACUUAGACGAAAACUAGAAUUAAUUCUAAUCAAUAUACCAUAUAAAGUAGAGUCAACUUCAGACUACUCUUUUCUAAGAGUAAAAUCAUUUGUGAAUGAUUUUUUCGAGUCAUUAUCGGACUAUUCACUAAAUUUCAUAGCACCAAUAGAGACAGAUUCGACAGUGUCUAUAACGUUUUUGAAAAACUUCUUGGUUGAUAUUUUUCACAAGUUGCCUAAAUUCCAGGCCGUUGAAUUCAAAUAUUUUUACAAUUUGACCAUUGAAAAGUUCAAUUUGAUAUUUUUGAACAACAUUACACAGUUUUUAGAAGAGAAGAAGCAAAACCUAUUACUGGUCAUCAACGAAAAUUGGCUUGAUGAUUUUAGGAAAAUAAACAUGCUCAACGGGAACAACUUCAGUAAAAUAGAAGUUCUACUUGAAGAAGAGAUUAACAAAUACUACACCUCAGGAUCGGUGAUUCUCAAUAGUGAGAAGGCAGACGUAACGGACAACAAGCUGGCCGGGCUAGAUAGCUUAUUGAACUUUGCAUACCAAAAUAGCCCACUAUCAAGUACCACGUUGAAUAAUGUUUAACACAAAUGCCUGUUUCUUAUAUUUAAAACUUUGCUAUGUUCUUCCGCAUCUUGCUUGGAUUUCCGGUCAUCUUCGGUUUCAGCUACGUCCUCUCUUUUUUUAUCAUCCCGUUAUGUUUCUGUAUUUCUUUGCACGCUAGCAGGAUUUUUAUUUCAGCAUGAAAUUGAUCUGGUUCAAGAUAAUCCACACUUACCCCACCUUUAUAACACGCCCCUUUUUUAUAUCUUUUCUUCCAACACCGCAUACAUAUUGCCCAAUAUAUGUCAGGAUACAUUCCCGUAAUAUAUGUAGAUUGUAUUUUCAAUUUUAUUUACAGGAGAUAUACAAAGCGGUAAUUAUAUAUGC